CUCGCUGCUCCUCCGAGCGGCCCGUUUCCGGUGGCGCCAGGUAGUCUCCGCGGCGGCCCGGCUCCGGCGCGCUCAGCACCGCCGGCGGCGGCCAGAUGCAAGCGGAGCGAGGAGCCCGGGGCGGCCGCGGGCGGCGGCCCGGCCGCGAACGGCCCGGCGGAGAUCGCCACAGCGAGCGGGCCGGAGCCGCAGCGGCAGUGGCGAGAGGCGGCGGCGGCGGGGACGGAGGCGGCCGCAGGGGUCGCGGCAGGGGCUUCCGCGGCGGCCGAGGAGGAGGCGCCCCGAGAGGCGGCCGCCGGGACCGCGGAGGCCGGGGAGGUCGGGGCGCCGGGGCCAGCGCGCCGGUUGAAGAUGACAGCGAUGCAGAGACCUUUGGAGAAGAGAAUGAUGAGCAGGGAAAUUAUUCUAAAAGAAAGAUCGUCUCUAACUGGGAUCGAUAUCAAGAUAUUGAAAAAGAGGUCAAUAAUGAAAGCGGAGGAUCACAGAGGGGAACAGAUUUCAGCGUCCUCCUUAGCUCUGCAGGGGAUUCCUUCUCACAGUUCCGGUUUGCUGAGGAGAAAGAAUGGGAUGGUGAAGCAUCAUGUCCGAAACAGAAUUCAGCACUUUACGUGGAUAGUGAGUCAUUGGUUCGAGCCCUUCAAGAGCUGCCUCUGUCACUGCGACUCAACGUUGCUGCGGAGUUGGUUCAGGCCACAGUUCCUUUGGAGCUUCCUCAAGUGAAAGCAAAGAGAAGUGAUGAUGGCAAGGGACUAGGGAUGCAGCUGAAGGGGCCCAUCUCGGAGCUGAAGUCUGCCGGCGGCCCCGAGUCCCUGGGCAAAGACAGCCUGAGACUGGGUCUUUCAAGGGGUUCUCAGAAACCUGCUUCCCCGGUGCAGUCAGCAGCCGACCACCUGGAAGAAGAACUAGAUCUGUUGCUGAAUUUAGAUGUGCCCGUAAAAGAGGAGGAUAACAUCUCACUGGAUCAGGCCUCUCAGGACCCGAAAUCUGAGAAGGAUGGGGAGGUGGCCCAAGAGGAAACAGUUCCUGCAAAACCAUCUGUGACUGAAGAAAAGAACGUGGAACCUGAGCAACCAAGUACAUCAAAAACUGUUACCGAGGAAGAGCUGGAAGACUGGUUGGACAGCAUGAUUUCUUGAGGAAAAAAAAAAAAAAGUGCCUGAAGCAAAUUUUGGUUGCCUUCUGAGUAAGGGUGGGCAUAGGCUUUCCUUCGGGAGCAGCUAGUUUGCAAGCACGCCCUAAGCCAGUGUGUGUUCCAUUACGCUUGCAGCAGUAAAUGCCUACCUCUGUGCUUGACAACAUCUGAAAUAAGACAUUGGAGAGGCUUGUUGCAUUUGUUUUUCUGGCUUAGUAGUCUAAUAGAUGUCCUUAAGGGCAGGGGAUGGAUGGCUCUUGUUUCUAACUUCCUUCCGGGCAAUGUUUACAGCAUAGCAGGCACUGCUGCUGCAGAGAAUAGAUGCAGCUGAGGCAUGUAUUUGGCCAAAAUAAACAAACACUGGUCUGUGGAUUUUCUCUUUCUCGUGCAGAGCCGGGGGUCUUACGCCCCUUCCCCCAGCAGUCACAGCGUGGUACAUUGCAAGAGGUCAAACCACGGACUGGCGUGUAUGACUUUAUUGCAGUGGGCACUUCAUUUUAUUUGAGGAGAUUCACCUACACACAGCAGCUCCACUACUUACAAGAGACCAUAAAGCAUUACUCAGUUUUGGCAAAAGAUUGAGAUUUUUUUCUGAAUUCUCAGUACAGUACUUCUAAUAACAGCAGUUGACAAGCUGUUACUAAAAAAAAAAAAAUAAUAAUAAUAGUAUGAAUAACCUUCAAGUGCAGUUUCAUAAAGUAAGACAGAGGAUCAACACAACUAAUUAAGGGAACUGUCCUUCUGGAACACAAACAUAAAAAACUUGCAUAGCUAUAUCUAAAGAGAUUUUUUUUAAGGCACUUAAUCGAUAGUUCAGUGUCGACAAAGUGUUGGGUUUUUUUUUUUCUUCCUAUUUCUUUGACUGCUUAAAAGCUUUUCAAGCUGAUUCUGGAUACAGUCACUAGCAAAUACCAUGGGAAAAAUUAGACUGCAGUGGAAAUGAUUUUUUUGUAGUUCAGACCAUGAGUCACUAGUUGGAUAGUGUCCUAUAACAUCCAAAUGUUCAACAUUUCAGCUAUUAUGCAUUCAAGGCUUCAGACUUCUCUAGGCCAUGCCUCAAUGCCAGCCUCUCAACAAACUAGUUAAUUAGAACUGAAAAACUCGAAGGCAUUCAAGGAGGGUUUCCUCCAUUCUUUGCCAUCUUUUACCUUUUUAAACAUUUUGACAGGUUAUUUCCCACAGUGUAUGUCCAUUAGGCACCAAGACCCAAAUCGAUUUCAAAACAGCACACUUUCUUGUAAGGGAGGCAUGUAGACAACGUCACAUUUCAAAUAUGUCGCAGAACCGUAAAAGGGUUUUAGUUCACUGAAGUUGACUGUCCAGAAUUGUGGCGCUUCUUUCUUUCCAAUUUAGCCAAGCUGAUCUUCAUAUUGUUUACGAAAGCAGUCGCCGGCCGGGAAGAAAUCCCAACACCUUUCUUGGUACAUCUUCCAGACGUAAGAUUCCUGAAAUAAUGUGAACAAAGGGUACUUAUUUUUAAACCACAGUAAGCUAAGACCCAGUUUGCUUUUGCUCUCUCUGGCUCCAUUGAGGAAGACUGAUGGGGCCAAACCAGCACCUUAUUUCUUGCUCCACUCCCAGCCCAGCUGCUCUGGAAGCAAGCAGCCGUGUCUCCCUGACAGUGCGGGCUGGGAGGAGAACAAGUCCCCUGCCCCCCACAGAACAAACCUGGAAACAACUCCAUGUUUGCCACUAAAAAUACUUAAAGAGUUAGCAAUAGGCUGACUGCAUGUCACUUGUAAUUGGUGGAAGGCAGAAGAAAGCACAAGGAGGGAACAUUUAGUGCUAGCUCAGGCAGAUGCCUGGAGAACUAAAGCCAGAUCUGGAAACCAACUGCCUCUCCCUUUGAGUGUUUGAGCUGUAAAGUUUUCCUACAAAUCCAAUAAUGUUUGAAUAUCUGAUAACCCACGUUUCCCUCUCUUGUUCCCUACCUUUACAUGUCUUUCUCACACUUAGUCACAGACUCUCUUGACACAUCCUCCCACACCCACACCUCCACCUUCCCGUCAUCACCCACACUCAAGGUCGUUAUCUCUCUUGGGUUGUCUCUCAUUCCGCUUUACUCCCAUUCUCCUGCUCUUUGUUGCGGCCACCCACUCCUUUCUCAUUAUCUUUUCUCUGUAAUGUUCUCCCCCCCUCCAGCUAUUCUAGUCUGAAGCAGUAACCGUGAGGGUUUAGGAAAUGUCAGUGUGGCUUAGGGGGGGACGACCAUGGGGACUUUUAGAAUAGACCAAGGUCACCAUAGAAGUCUGGCUGCUUAUGAAGGCUCAGAGCAGCGAUGGAAAAAUGCAUGCGAGAGACUAGUGGGAUUGUCUAUUUCAGAUAGCCUGUGCUCUGCUAAGUCUCAAGACUUGGGAAAGGGAGAUCUAACACAGGUGUGUGAUUCUUAAUUAAAGGUAUUUUAUUUCUCA